UUGUCAUUCAUGCAUGGUUGGCCUGGUUGUUGUAAUUCUUAGAUUUUUUUGGUAAAACCCAAUGUUUUAAACAAAUUCCGAAAUUUUUGAGUUAAAGGAGACAGUAAAUUAAAACAUUAGCAUUUGCGAUGUAAAUUCAGGAACUUGAAAGAGGACUAAAAGGACAUAUUCGGUGUUGUGAGUGACAUAAUAAUCUACCUUGAGAAUUGCGUAUCAUGUAACUUUGUGGUUUGUUUUGUGGGAUCCAGCAUCUAUUUUCGAACUCAUCAUCUUAUUACAAUGACCCGAUGAUUGGCGCGUCACGAUGAGCUGGCUUCGGAAUACGUCGCUCUCCUUCGCACGGCAGCUGUCUCGCUCGCUCGACCCGCGGCACGAUUACGAGCCGCAGGCGUGCUACAACUCCUUCUGCAAGCAUUGGCAACAGGCUCACGAUAUUAUUGUUAAGUCCCAGCCUCAACACCUGCACGACGAUGUGCUCGGCGUGGUCAAUCACCUCGAACAGCUGGCGACGCUACUGGUGCUCGAAGCUAGGGCUGGGGAGAUCAGCGUGGGUCGCAGCAGGGCCGCAUGUUUGGAACACCUGCUGAGCGAAAACCUGCUGGAUAAGCUGUAUGAGUGGGCGAUAUGCACUGGCAAAUACGAAAAUGCAGUUAGAUUGGAACAACUCAAGUUAUUCGGAAUACUCGUCAGCCAUUACAGUACUCAGGUGAUAGCAGCAGAACCGUUCCUCAGGCCAUUGCUAAAGUUGCUCAGCGGCUUCCGAAAUGAGUUACCACCACCCAACUUGGAAAACCAACUAGUGACCGUCCUAAACCAGUUAUGUGUGGCGUUGAUGCAGAAUAUGAAGUUCUUAGAUCUGUUCUUUCUAACGACGCACACGCAAAACGGAUCGCAAGCUGAGUUCAUAAUAGUCCGGCUGCUUCUCACUUCGGUACAUCGAGAGGGCGCCACUGGGUCGGCGGCGCGUGACGCGCUACUGCUAUGCGCGAAUAUGUCAUCGCGAUGCACGCAACUAGCAGAUUAUAUGCUGGCUGGAAACACUUGCCCUGUUUUGGCUACUGGUCUAAGCGGUCUCUACUCCCUCCUACCGCGAACACUAGGCGAGAAAGUCCACCGUUUGACGCCGGAUGACGUCAACAAAGUCAACAAGCUCACUCUCUUCAUAGACUCGCUUGAGUUUUGCAAUGCUGUCGCGCAGGUUGCCCAUCCGUCCAUUAAGAAGCACCUGCUAGACUUGCUAUACCAAGGAUUCCUAGUUCCCGUCCUAGGGCCGGCUCUCCUACAGACGAAACGGGGGCCAUUGCAGAGUGGCGCCACCGAGCAGGCUGCCGCUAUGGCGUAUCUUGAACUGGUGCUGCGGUGUGUGACGCAAAGAGGGUUGCUGAGGGCAGUUCUGCACUUCCUAUUCACGUAUGAGUAUGACGGUGUAAGAGUCGCCGAUGUUUUGUUGAGGAGACUGGAGGGGAAUUCUCAGCUGGCUCUUGUAUCCCUGUCUUUAAUGGAGACCCUCAUCGACCUGAACUGCGAGGAUGUCAUGAUUGACCUCGUCUACAAACACCUCAUCAACGGCCAUCAUCUCAUGGUGGCCCAUAGACACAAGAUCUCCGACCCGCAGCCUUACAGAGACGCGGCUAUGGCCUUCCUGAGUUUAACACCAAGGUGCUGCAGUAGACCCUUGGAGAAGACCAGGGAAUGGGUGGAUGAGAUGGCAUUGAGUGGAAGAAGAGUGUUGGAUUUCAAGCAGGAGGAAGAAAGGAGGAUCAAUGGCGUGAAUGAGGGUAUAGCGAUGAAAAGUCUAGUCCAGGAAGUUAGAUUUAAUUAUGGGAAUCCAAACGAAACACUCUUCGCAAACUACCACGCAUACUUAUGCGACGCUAGAUUCGAACUCGUCUCACGCACCAUAGCUUGCACCAAUUGGUCGUCCAAAUACGACAGCGCGACGUCACCGAAGCGCGAAACGAAUAACAACACGAAAGAAACGAGAGAAGUAGACGUCCACGCUUUGAAAGAGCAGGACAGCCUGAUUUCGUGCACAAGCGGUUACGAUACCUUAAAAACAAGUGACACGAGUGACAAAGAACCGCACAGUUUGACGUCUCUGUUAGAACAGGAGACAGAGAAAGCCAAUCAGUUGGAGAAGGAAGGAGAUAGUUUGUCGGUUGGGGAGAGCAGUGACUAUGAAAGCUUUCGGUAUAAAGAUGAUAAUGAGGAUGAGGGUUUCGCUGAGGAGUCGUUUAGAAAGUAUUUUGAUAAAGAAAAUGCUGUGGAGUUUAAUGGUGAAGUGCCUUUAGUCAGGAGUUGGAAAGCUAGCUCUGAAUCUAUUAUAGGUCCGCUCCUUAGCAGUAUGUUAAGAAAAGUGGCUUCCAUGCUGGAGUCAGAAAUAACUGUGAACAGCCGAGUGACGAGUGUCGUGUCAAAGCUAGUCUCGCUGCCGACGCCGCUUCUGACGUCACUGCUGCUGUGUCCCAGUUAUAUGCUACCACCGAAUGUGCCUUCGCUGUACCAGAUACUUAGCAAACUAAGAGACGAAGUGGACGAGCUUACCACCGGCCUGGACAAUACUAUGGAGCUGGUGGACAAGGCGAGGGUCUUCCUCAUCCAGCGCGAGAUGGCGUUAGUGAACUCGCGGGGGCCGACGAACGAAGAUAGUCAAGCCCGUAAUGAUUCACCGACGCAAAAGAUUGAGGAGGUGUCGCCUUUCCGACGAGUCGAAACGAAAAGGCGGAGCCUGUCUUCGAGCUUCUCUAGUAUGUUUGGAAGAAAAACACCCUCAUCGCCGUCACAGCAGAACUCUUUAAACGUACAACCUGCCACCUUCCACGCGAGUCCACAGCGCCGGUUCAUCUUCACACAAGAGGCAUACUGGAGCCAAUCCAUCACCCUCCGCUCCAUUCUAAACGCCGUCCUAAUAGACGAGUGGCUUAAGGAACUCGCUGCCAUGUGCGAAGAACACGCCCUAAGGCUAUCAGCUGACAAUUACGAGGAUGACACAUAUAUUCGCUCUGUGGCAUUAUGACUGACGGCCAAUGCCGCGGGCGGCUUCAGAAAAAACAAAAAGCCCGCGCGUGCACCGGAACGUUCCAACGACACGUCUUUGUAGUGCGUUUCGUUUCACGCAAUCUAGUUUCAAAUUCUAACGUGAUAUAUGGCAUUUUGACUUCGAAAACGUAACGUGUAGAUUUUUUAGUGUUUUUAAAUGUUUGUCGUCAAUUAACGAACAGUAACCCGUGAUAUAAUUUAUAAAUGAAGGCUGUAUAAUUUAUACUGCUCAAAUGAAUAGUAGAAAAUAUGGACAAAAGUACAUUUUCAGCAUUUUAAUUAAUUUUUUUAGUAAAUUAAAUUUCGAAACGCAUUAUAAAAAUGUUUCAAUUGAAUUUUAAAUGAAAGUAAGUUGUCUACUAAAUGUAGACUAAUUUUAUUAAAGUAAAUGAAACGAUUGAACAAGUUUCAUCAUACAAAGCUAUUAAAUAUUUCUAUUCUUAUGCGCAUGCCUUUUAGAACUUAGUCUUAAGUUAAUUUUAAAAUUCGCCUGUAACGUUUUUCUAAGGGUCAUGUCCCACGACACAUUUUUGACAGUCAAAAAACCAGUAACGCCUAUUUAACACUACUUCUGUUCAAUGUAGCAAUUUCUCAUGACAAAAGCAUGAAAAUUGAACAA